CGGUAAGCGGCAGCUCGUGCAUGGUGUGGCGUUGAGUGAAAGCUCGGCGCGCGGCGAUGUUUCUCCUCACUGUGGGUCUGUUCUAAAGGGGGCUACUCUUUUCCUUCCACGGAACUCUGGCUUCUCCUCGUCUCUCCAGCUGAAAUUUGUGAGAAGGAGGUAACAGCUGCAUCAUCACUUCAUAUCCCACACAACCAUCAGUCAGCGUCCGAGCCAUGGCUUCUAAACCACACCCUCCUCUGAUGAAGAAACACAGUCAGACGGAUUUGAUAAGCCGCCUGAAGAGCCGGAAGAUUCUUGGAGUUGGCGGAGAAGACGACGAUGGUGAAGUCCACCGAUCCAAGAUCAGUCAGAUGCUCGGGAAUGAGAUGAAGUUUGCGGUUCGAGAGCCAAUCGGACUGAGGAUGUGGUUGCUCAUCUCAGCUGUGGGUUUCACUGUGGUUGCCUUAAUGGCCCUGAUGUUUCCUAACCAGCUUUAUGAGGUUGUGUUUGAGGAGGAGCUCUCCACAACAAGUCUCUCUGUCCGGCUCUAUGGAGGAGCACUGUUAAGUUUGGCCCUCAUCCUGUGGAAUGGUCUCUACACAGCAGAGAAGAUUGUCAUCCAGUGGACUCUUUUGAGUGAAGCUUGCUACUUUGCAAUCCAAUUUCUUGUGACAUCCAUCACCUUAAUAGAGAUUGGCAUGCUGCCCCAUGCUGCCAUGCUGCUGCUCCUCAGCCGAGUACUCUUCCUGGUGGUCACCAUGGCGUACUACUACCACCUGGGUCGCAAGGCGAAGAAGGUCUGAGCUUGGCUGCGGCGGUUUUUUUGGUUUUUCCCCCCCACCCCACAAGGAGAGGACAGCCGAGCACCGAUCACAAAGAUGCGGCAGGAAGGUUUGGAUUGUUGUUUGAAUUGGAGCUGGGAGCGUUAUUUUUGCCAGUGGAUGCACGCUCCACCCUCCAUCCACGGGACCUAGCUUAGUAUCACCCUGCCAAUAGAACAUUACAGACUCUAUACGGAAACUCAAGACCUCAUGGUAUGAAUGAUGUUGCGAGGUCCAACACAAAUCCCGCGUUUUGAGUGCUGUUGUUGUAAAAAGUUCUAUGAUAUUGUAUUCUUGUGUUCCUUUGUUUCAGGUAUGUACUGUACACAGACGUCUCUCACGCUGUUGCACAUAGGCCAAACGUUUGGACACACCUUUUUUAUUCACAACACAACUGAUGGUCCCAACCCUAUUGACAAAGCCAGAAAUUCCACCAAUCAACCCUGAUAAGGCACACCUGUGAAGUGAAAUCCAUUUCAGGUGACUACCUCUUGAAGCUCAUGGAGAGAAUGCCAAGCGUGUGCAAAGCAGUAAUCAGAGCAAAGGGUGGCUAUUUUGAAGACGCUAGAAUAUGACACAAGGUUGUUUGGCAACACUAAAUGGUCCCUAGUGUGUGAAUGUUGUCUGUCUAUCUGUGUUGGGCCUGCGAUGAGGUGGCGACUUGUCCAGGGUGUACCCCGCCUUCCGCCCGAUUGUAGCUGAGAUAGGCUCCAGCACCCCCCGCCACCCCAAAAGGGACAAGCGGUAUAGAAAAUGGAUGGAUAGAACAUAAAACAUGUUUUCAGUUAUUUCACCUUUUUUUGUUAACUAGUGUAUUUUCACCCUUUUUUCUGUCGACUACUCAAAAAAAAAAGUUGUUUUAUGAACCGGAAAAAUUCCUGGUUUUCCAGGAAUUCCGUAAUACCAUUUCUCAAUUACAAAUGUUACUACUUCAACAUUUCUUGACCGUU